AUGGCUGACGAGGAGUUUGAGAUCGACAUUUACGGCUCGGCCGACAACGAGGCGCAUAAUAGCUCGAACCAAGAAAACAAUGCUCAGGCUUAUGACAACAACACCUCGAUCACGGUUGCCAAUGGCUCGAAUAACUCAACCCAUCCUCAUUCUGUUCGCCACGAUGAUUAUGGCACUGAAGAUCAAAACGGCCACGGUGCCGGCACAGGUCAUCACGAAGAGGACAGAUCACGAUCGGUUUCGCAGCAGCCGCAUCAAGGCGUCAAGCGCAAGGAGGGUUCCGACGAUCGUCCCAUUGAUCCAGGUGCUACCAGCUGCUUGAUGAUCUCGGAUCUGAGCUGGUGGAACACCGACGACGAUAUUCGCAAAUAUAUCGUCCAAGCUGGUUGCGAAGAUGAGCUGAAAGACAUUACUUUCAGUGAGCAUAAGGUGAACGGUAAAAGCAAAGGCCAAGCUUAUGUUGACUUCACGUCUCAACAAGCUGCCACUGCAACAAAACACCACAUUGACACUGGUGAUGCUCCUCCUGCCAGCAAGAAGCCAAGUGCAGUCUAUUCAACACCCCACAGUAAUCCCUUCAAGACUCUGCCCAAGGACGCACCUGCCCGAGGCAAACAAGACCAGGUUACUCGAGGAGGUGCCAACCCUGGUGGCUUCAAUAAUCGUGGUGGUAACUUCAACAACAACUACCGAGGUCGCGGCAGCUUUGGCGGUGGCCCACGGGGUGGUUUCAACAACAACUUCUCUGGCGGAAACAUGGGGUUCAACAACAACAUGGGUGGGGGGUUCAACCCGUCUAUGGGUGGUGGUGGUGGCUUCAACGGCGGCUAUAACAACCGCGGGGGAGGCAUGAUGCGUGGUGGCCCCGGCGGCUUCAGAGGCCGUGGUGGCAUGAACAACAUGAUGGGCAAUAUGGGCAACAUGGGUAUGUCAGGAUUUACCGGUAUGCCCAUGGGAGGUAUGCCCGGCAACAUGGGAAUGGGCAUGAUGGGCAGCGGUAUGCAGUCCAACUUCAAUCCCAACUUCUUUGGUGGUAACCAAGGCGGCAACGACUGGCAGCAGAACCCUCAUGGUGCUAAGCGUCCGCGGGGAGAAUAG